CUGAGACACAAGCACAAGCAGCGAGCAAACAGAAUGUGUAUUAAUUCUUUAUUUAAAAAGUUUUAAUUAUCUGCUGUAAUUAUAUAAAUAUAAUCAGAAUGGCAGCAAAACAGAAAAAUAUUUUUACUCGAAGUAAACCGUUGAUGAACAUUUACAGUGGUGUAGAUCAGGAAGGAAAAGAGGUAGAGGUUCGUGAAGAUGCGGAACAGUUGGUUAAGUGGCAUGAGAUAUCGGAUGCGUUGGUCGCGGCCGGGUACUACCGCGCCCAGCUGCAGGGUCUGUCGGCUUUUGACAAGAUCGUCGGCGGGCUGUCUUGGUGCAUAGAGUUGUGUGAUAUCGACGUAGAUGUCAGUUUACUCUUUGAGGAGAACCUUACUAUUGGAAAAAAGAUUGCACUAACAGAAAAAAUAGUUAAAGUACUACCUUCUAUGAAAUGCCCAUUCAUAAUUGAGCCUCAUCAAAUCCAAGGAUUGGAUUUCAUCAACAUUUACCCCCUCAUACAAUGGCUGAUCAAAUACUCAAGUGAGUUCCGAGAAGCAAAAGAAGAUGAGCUCCGGAAGUUUGCCGUGAUGCAGUAUGACAAGGAACAUAUUUUUGAAUCAGAUAGAAAAGUAUUUGAACAAAAAGAAAGAUUGCUGAAGAAUUUAUCUGUUUUACAAAAUCUAUACAAACCAUGUCGAAUCCGCAAGAGGAUAGGCGGUCUGCCAGCAAAUGAACUGGAGCAGGUCAACGCAACCCUAUCUGAAUACGACCAGAGGAUGCUCCUGCAUAUCACCACACAACAGGAUGAGAGUAAAAAAGAUGAGGGACUUGAUUUCCUGUAUGACUAUGAAAAGACACUAGCUGAUCCAUCUAAAAUAACAACAGAAACUGACAGGUUUACAAAGAAUCAGGAGAAUAAUGUGGACGCUGCUGACACCAAAAUUCACUAUGCAGUGCUACACUCAGAACUCACUGGAGAACUUUCUAAGGAGCUGGAAGAAAGUGAAAAGCUCAAAUAUUCAGAGGAAGUGGACAAACUCACAAAAACUGUCGAUGCUAUGGAGAAGGAAGUAGAAAAAACUAAGAAGGAACAUGAAUGUAAAAUGGAAAACGCAAAGCAGGAGUAUACUAGUGUAUUAGAAAAGUUGCAAAAAAUUACAUAUAAGAUGAUGAACUCUGAUGAUAGUAGUGACAAAAAUGUGAAGAAAUUUUACAAGACAUUGAAGGAACUGGCGCGGGAAAGAAAUGAGUUGUUGCAAAUAAUACAGCACAGGGAGAAGGAAAACAAGAAAUUACAUGAAGAAUUAAGUGCCGCCCGUGACCCGGCAGUUAAAGUUGACGAUCACCCACUCACUCCAGCCGAAUUAAAGGAGUUCCAAGACAGAGAAGAAAAACUAAAAGCAUUUAUAACCAAUAUGAGAUUGGAGCUGGCCAGAUUAAACAGAGAAGUUCUGAGGUACACUGUAGCCUUAGACGAGGUUCCUGGCACUGCUGAACUACUGCAGUAUGAGAAGAGAUUUAUUGAACUCUAUAAUCAAGUUGCAUCAAAACAUAAGGAAACUAAACAGUAUUAUAUAUUUUACAAUACGCUUUUUGAAGUUAAAAUUUAUACCUCAAAGGAGUUAAGUCUACUAAAUUCCAUUUUGGAUAAUUAUGAAGAGGCCAUGUCUUCAGCCAGAAAGAGAGAAGAGUUUAUGUCGCAAUUCGAGUCCAUCGUCGAAUGGGUGAACCAAACAGUGAAGAAGGUGGAACACAAGUUCAAACACGAGAAGGACCAGAAGAUGGCUCUCCACGCGGAGUACUCGCGGCUCAUGGAUCUCCAGCGACAGUACGCGGCGGCUCUUAAGAAACUCGCAGAAGAGAGGCAGAAGUUUGGAAAGAGGAACAGCUGAUCUGAUCAUGUGGAAAUGGUUACAUAAUUAAUGUUAUUACGGGUUUGCUGGGACGUCAGUCUCCCGUGACCACAGUUAGUGCAACCUGGCUGAAACGUCGGAAAAAAGGUAAAAUAAUGAAAUUUAAUCGCGUUAGACCCGAUAAUGACAUUAAUUAUGUGUACAAAACGCGAGAGGUUAAAGUGUUAUAUGUGGAAAUGGUUGUUUAACAGUCCCCGGAAGCUCGGCCGAAUUUCACCUUCCCAUACGAACGGAGUUUCGUUCUCAUUUUAAAACUACGUGUUGGAUUGUAAUGAAACUUUGCACAUACAAUGACAUGAGGCUAUCUAGGUCUGUAAUUAGUUUAUAUAGCUCUAGUAUAUGUAACAAACGAAAUAGAGCAAAAACUAGUUUUGUAUGAAAAACUUAAAUUCGCUGUAAUUUUUUUACUAUGGUAUCUGAAGCUACAUAAACUAAUUACAGACCUACUCGUAGAUAUACUUUAUCCUAUUGUAAGUACAAAGUUUCAGAUCAAUCUAGCUUGUCGUUUUAAAAUGAGAGCGUAGCUACGUUUGUAUAGAGAACCACGAGCUUGCCGGAGACCCUGUUACUUAUAACUUUAUAAGUUAUGCUCAUACCCGAUACGUAUAAGGAAUUAAGUAAUGUCAACUCGAAUGUAAAGACGCUUAGCACACUGCUUACGUGCGAGCGAGAUGUCGCUAUAAUACGCGCACGGCGUUGUCUCGCUCAAACAUCGGAGCGACAUGUGAAUCGGAUGCAGUGUGCCAUGCGCCUAAAGCCCUAUUUAUACGAUUCAAGAACAUGCAUGCAAUAUUCGAUACAUUGUUAAUUACAGAGCACCUACAAAUAAUUCAGUCAAUAGGGAAUAUUACGCGAAACCCUGCAUAGGGGGCGCCACUACCACAUUCUGAGGGUCUAUCGCGAAACAAGAAAAUCGGAAUUUCGUUAUCUAACAUCUCUGUCACUCUUGCUUAUUCGAGCGAUAAAGAGGCAGACUGCGAAAUUUCGGAUUCGCGUUUCCCGGUAGGUCCUCUGUAAACAAACCGCCUUGAUGAAUCAAUGUCAUAUUUUAUUAUCUCUAAAAACUUGUCAAAAACCUGUUAAAAAUAUAGUAUGUAUAAGUUACUCUAUGGUUUACUAAAGGGGAACUAAAGGGGCUAGUGCUGCACUCUGGUGGCAGAACAUUGCCUUGCAUGCAAAUUCUUGAACUGUCUAAAUAGGACUUGACACAUCUGUGGUUACGGGAGUCCGUAUGGCCUAUGGACUCCUGUACCGUACUAUGGCAUAAACCAGGUGUCGCCAAACCGUGGCCCGCGUCACCCAAACAGUUGAGUUCUUGGCCGUUUUUUUUUUCCGUUGUAAGUUCAUGAGUUGUUAGAGAUCCGUGAAAUUUUAGGUUUUUUCUACUCAGAAUCACGAGCCCUUUCGAGUCUACUAGGUGAAAAAAGGGUCCCAUGUUUCUUUGUUUCCAUAACGCUACUUUUCUAUAGGCAGUAUGGCAGUAGUGUUUUGGAAGUGAAAAAGUUAUAGGUAAAAAUUGGGACACUUUUUGACCUAGUAGAUUCGAUAGGGCUCGUGAUGCUGAGUAGAUAAAACCUAAAAUUUCACGAAUCCCUAACAACUCAUGAACUUACAACGAAAAAAAAACGCCCUCUUAGGUUUAGAACGCACUGCGGUUUUUUCAAAAGAGGUUCCGCAACCGAAAAAAAUGUAACGUACGGCAUGCUUUAUAAGCGCGACACGCACUUAAAAGACUGAAACCGCAAGAAAUUACUGAAACCGCAAGAAAAAAACCGCAGUUGCCUCCUAAGCCUUAGAUCACUGAAAACAACAUUUUUGGCUCUUUGAACUUUAUAAAACUGGUGAUUUCUACUGUGGUUGGUUCUUCUUUUCAAAACUUGCGGUCUCCUGGCAUAGGCUAUGGUUUUGGUUAGACCGUACCCGUAUUUGCAACUCGAGCAGCUUGCAUAAGUUAAAAGAGGGUAGGAACAGUUGAUGGUGUAGAUAUUUUAAGAACAAGUGCAAUGAUCUUUAGGUAGUUGUUUUUAUUUAUUACUUGAGAAUGCCAAUGAACGAGUCACGAAAGAAAGGAAUACUCUUUAGUGUUGAUAUUCGAGUUAAAUUAUUAACUGUUUUAGUGUGGAACUUUUUGUUAUUGAACCAUUGUUAUGCUAACCUUUUGAACGCUAUGAACACCUAAAGUUGUCGUCACUAGUCGUGUCCACAGCGCCAAGGAUAACUAUAGGUGUUAUAGCGGACGCUGUCAAAGUAGCCUUCACACUUUCAUGUAAGGAUUACAUUAUACUCGAAACCGGUAAUUAAGACAAGACCACAUCAAUAAAUAUAUAUUAUUUAUCAAUAGUGAUGAAGCCAAUAUAUUGAAGCAUAUUGCAAAAAGGUUGGCGAUACCUGAGAAGUUUACUUAACAGUGACAUAAGUGACAUAAGUGACUUAUCUGUCGUAGAUUUUUUGGUCUUGAAUUCCAGUUUCGAGAUAAGUCGCUUGCGCCUGGAACCUAGGCGUGUCAGUGACGUUUUUGUUUGUUAUGACAUAAAGCGUUCAAAAGGUUAAGAAGCACAAAGGAAACGCAAACGAUCCUUAUCCAUAUAAAGAUCCUUACAUAAUGGCUACAAUAUAAGUACCUAAUACAACUAACCACGAGGAAUUUCGUGCAUUGACCCGUCUAUUCCUAUCUCUAUCGCACGUGAAUAAUUAUAUAUCUCUCCCGCUCGCACACUGCCAUUGACCGCUGGCAUUCGAGCGGAGCAGCUAUAUAAUUACGGGCGUCGUGCCUUAUGGCCGCGUAUCAUUUUUCUUUGUGCCUUUUAUAUCGAUGGUUCGAAUUUUAAAAUAUAUGACUGUGCAAUAACGCCAAUAUUUAAAGCGAGAUGCCAUAAAAUGGAAUAUUUGGAAUGGUAGUAGUCUAGCCGUUGUAGACGAUUUUCUACUUUUAUAAUACGUAUACAUUCCACUAUGGCCAUAUCGGUAAGCUGACCAUUAAGUUUCUAUUGUUAAGACUGACAUAGCUUUUAUAUUGUUCUAGUUUUAGCCAUCGCAUUUGCCAAUUUUUUGCAGUGGCAACGGUCUUAUGUGAUUCAAUUCAUUCAAUUACGAAACAGCGCGGGUAUAGUAAGACGCUUUACCCAUUAAGAAAAGGAGGAGGGGGGGGGGGAUGAAAUAUAUUGUGCAAAAAAUAGGUUGAGAACCCCUGCUUUCUUUUGAAUUUUCUGGAUGCUUAUGCCCACCCAUCAAAAUCGACCUAUUGCUGCAAAAAGUCAUGUGGUCGCUAUUACGAUUAGGUAUUCUUUGUUUUUAAAACAGGAAGUAAUAUAUUACAAUUAUUUAUGAA